GAAGAAAGAACAGACUAUUUGCAAUUUAUUUUGGGAGGAACAUCAGAGGUAUUUCUUCAUGCUUAAAAAUAGAACGCCAGCGUUUUGCAAUAACCUUGAGUGUUUCAAGAGAAUUCCUGGCUGCUUCGGCAGCCCCUGAAGGAAAGGGAGGCUGUUUGUUGCUAGACAGUAUUCAGAAUAACCCCUUCUGGGCAGCAAAUAGAUAAGAGGGUUGUAACUCCUGAUCCUGUUUAGAUUAUGAUUAGGUCGGAGAUCUCUGCAUAGCCAUGCAAAGCUCUUCUUCCAAUCACCUGGAAGCUAUUAACCAGCAGGAUCAUAAACCAGCAUUGACUGGAAUUUAUUUGACUGGUGUGGUACCAUAAACAGAGCAAAUAUUCGUGCCAACUGCUUCUCUCAACCAGAGCUGACUUUGGUCGUAGUAAAACCAAUUGGUGGCACUUUGGGCUAGUUUGAGCAAGUCCUGCCCCCUCCCCAUGGGUCUUCCUUCUGCAGGAGCUUUCCAUCGGGGUUCCUCAUGCAUCAGGUAGAUGCCAUCCCAGCCAAGGACAAGGAGAACUGUCCUAGCCAUGGUUUGUACCCACAACAAACACAGAGAACUUGUCUAAUGGCAGUGAUUGGCUAGCCCUGGGUGGGCUUUCCCCUCUCGUUCACCCUCCCAGAGUUUCAUCGGCAGAAAAGAUUGCGACAGAAAUGUCUUAUGCAAAAUAAAGCAAACAGGAAACGUGGGGGUUUUUUUUUUUGGGUUCUCCUUUGCCUCUCCUACAAGCCGGCAAAGGUCUCUCUAGCAGGGCAGAGGACUCUCUGGGGCGGGCUUCGGGGUCCUCAGGCUUGCUUGAGCUUCCUUGGCAGGAGAGAAACAGGCUGGGCCGGCGGAGAAAGAGAGCUUAAAACACGGAAGGUGACUGACUGAGCCUUGACUAACCAGGAUGGCUUGUGAUCUGCUUCUGCAGCUGUUCUCUGGGAGGUGAUGUACUUUUGAGUGACCACCAUGUCGAUGUAUCUGAAGCACUUCACGGUGGUGGGAGAUGACACUGCCCAGUGGAACAACGACUACAAGAAAUGGGAGGAGGAAGAGGAAGGAGAAGGGAAGUCACCCGAGGUUGCGGUGAAAGUCGAAUCGGCACCCAGGCGUCCAACCUUCAGAGAUGUCAUGAAGAGGCUGUUCCAGUCCCACAAGUUCCAGAUUGUGGUGGUUUGCCUGGUGAUCUUGGAUGCUGUGCUGGUGCUGGGAGAGCUGCUUCUGGAUCUGAAGAUCAUUCAUCCCGACAAAGAGGAGAUCGCACCAAAGGUGCUUCACUACCUGAGCCUCUCCAUCCUGUCCCUCUUCCUGGUGGAAGUCAGCUUCAAGCUCUUCGCCUACCGCCUGGAGUUCUUCCACCACAAGUUCGAAGUCCUAGACGCCCUGGUGGUGGUCGUCUCCUUCAUCCUGGACAUCGUGGUCCUCUUUCAGGAGCAUCAGUUUGAAGCGCUCGGCCUGCUGAUCCUGCUCAGGCUGUGGCGAGUGGCCAGGAUCAUCAACGGAAUAAUCUUAUCAGUGAAGACCCGCUCAGAACAGCAGAUCUCCAAACUGAAGCAAGCCAACAUACAGCUGAGUGCCAAAGUCCAACAGCUGGAAAGCAGCUCUGCAGAGAAGGAAAUAGAGGUUGAAAGGCUGAACAAUCUUUUGAAGCAACAUGGGUUACUCAGCCAGCCCCAAAAAGAUGCCUGAAUUGGACCUGGGGUGGCCAAUCUCUUCCGUGGAUUCUGUUCUGGCCCCGAGAAGUUACUUCACGUUUACAGGGUGACCUUGGUAAAAAAAUAUCCUUUGGCACAUUUCUCAGCACGGGUUCCUGUCCUCCCAGGCUGAUGCCCUUCAGAUAGGGUGGACGCUGCCUUCUGCCCUCCUCCUAGUCAUGCUCAGAGGGGGGGUUGGAGGGCACUUGGCUGGGACUAGAUCUCUUUGGGAGACCCAGAGCGGUAGAACAGCUUCAGCGCUAUAAAAUGACCGGUGCCGUUCUUUCUUGUACGGCCGUACAGUUUCGCAAGACUUGCUGGAAAUAUUGUAAUAAAUUCAAAUCCAUAUUCA